AUGCUACAUCCCACACAGUGCCGCAGUUCCGUGGAGAAGCAGAGCACUCCUGAUCGGUUUGAGUACUCCAUGCGCCUGUUUCGUGCUAGGAUGCCUGAUGGAACUGUUGUCAUUGUCAAGUUCACGCCCACUUACAAUGUCGCUGCUCAUCAGUUACUUGAAGCCGAGGGCCUUGCACCCAAACUUUUUUAUCAUACGAGGAUCGCUGGUGGUUGGUUGAUGGUUGUCAUGGAAUACCUGGACAAAGCGCAAAAUGCCUACACGUACCUUUGCAAUAGUCGAACGUUAUCUCUCCCUCAAUCCGUCUAUCUUGACAUCCAGAAGGCACUCGAGAAGCUCCACGAGAAGAAGAUUGUGUUCGGUGAUCUACGCGUCCAAAAUAUUCUAGUACAGGAGGAUGGUGGUUGUAUGAAUCAGAUACGAACCUAUCUGGUUGACUUCGAUUGGUGUGGUGUCGAAGGAGAGGCUCGAUACCCCAUCCUCAUGUCUCAACUCCAGGUCUAUCAGGAUGCUGGGAUGUUAGCAUAUGGAAAAAUGUCGAUGGAACACGAUCGAGAGUUAUUGAAGGUUUUGAAGGAGCUUUGUGAUCCAGCAGAUUAG